GCCUCUGCAAUGGCGCAGGAAAAUCUUUCCGUGGUGCUGCACUCUCAGGGAGACCUCAGGCUUGAAAAUCGUCCCGUCCCGGAGCCCGGACCAAAUGAGGUGUUGCUCCAGAUGCACUCGGUUGGAAUCUGUGGGUCAGACGUGCACUACUGGCAGCAUGGCCGAAUUGGAGACUUUGUGCUAAAAAAACCAAUGGUGCUGGGCCACGAGGCUGCCGGGCGAGUGUUGAAGGUUGGAUCAGCAGUCAAACACCUCAAAUCAGGGGACAGAGUGGCCAUUGAGCCUGGUGUGCCUCGCGAGAUGGACGAGUUCUUCAAAAACGGACGAUACAACCUGUCCCCCUCCAUCUUCUUCUGUGCCACGCCCCCUGAUGAUGGAAACCUCUGUCGCUAUUACACGCAUAACGCCAACUUCUGUUACAAGUUGCCCGAUCAUGUCACAUUCGAGGAGGGAGCUCUCAUUGAGCCUCUUUCCGUGGGGAUCCACGCCUGCCGCCGAGCCGGCGUUAACCUCGGCAGCACCGUUUUCAUCUGCGGGGCAGGACCUAUCGGUUUGGUCUGCUUGGUCGUCGCCAAGGCAAUGGGGGCUUCACAGGUCGUCAUUACUGAUCUUUCUGCAGAGCGUCUGAAGGUGGCCAGAGAACUGGGUGCAGACUUCCAGCUGACGGUGAAGAGAACAGAUGGAGCGCAGCAGCUGGCAAAGAGAGUGGAGAACAUGUUGGGAGCUCAGCCUCAAGUUACCAUCGAAUGCACUGGCGUGGAAAGCAGCAUCCAAACGGCCAUCUAUGGGACACGUUCAGGAGGUGUGGUGGUUCUGGUGGGUCUUGGUGCUGAGAUGGCAACUGUUCCUCUCAUCAACGCUGCCGUAAGAGAAGUGGAUAUCAGAGGAGUAUUCCGCUACUGCAACACCUGGCCGAUGGCUAUCGCCAUGUUGGCGUCUGGUCAAGUGAACGUGAGGCCCCUCGUGACCCACCGCUUCCCUCUGGAGCAGGCGGUUGCGGCCUUUGAGACCACGCGUCAAGGUCUUGGGAUAAAAGUCAUGUUAAAGUGUGACAAGGAUGACCAGAACCCCUGA